GAAGAAGUUGUGUUACACAUGUGGUUUGCUACCACAACAUUUUAUCUCUUUACUGGACCGAUUUCAUCUUUAAUUCUCCAGAAACCAGUACAUAAACACAAGGGGAAGCAUGGCAUCCAGCUGUAGACGGCCGGAGCACUCGGCUCCUCCAGAUGUGUUCUACAAUGAAGAGGAGGCCAAGAAAUACUCCCAGAACUCUCGUAUGAUUGAGAUUCAGACUCAGAUGUCGGAGAGAGCCGUAGAGCUUUUGAGCCUGCCAGAGGGACAGCCGUGCUACCUGCUGGAUGUGGGGUGUGGUUCAGGGCUCAGUGGAGACUAUCUGUCAGAGGAAGGACACUACUGGGUCGGAGUCGACAUCAGCACUGCGAUGCUGGAUGUUGCACUCGACAGAGAAGUAGACGGAGACCUUUUAGUGGGUGACAUGGGGCAGGGGAUGCCUUUCCGACCGGGCACCUUUGACGGUUGCAUCAGUAUCUCUGCCCUGCAGUGGCUCUGCAAUGCUGACAAGAGGUCACACAGUCCUCCCAAGAGACUCUACACCUUCUUUACUACCCUUUACUCUUCUCUGUCAAGAGGCGCACGUGCUGUUUUUCAGCUUUAUCCAGAGAACUCAGAACAGCUUGAGCUGAUCACGUCGCAGGCCAUGAGGGCGGGCUUCAGUGGAGGGAUGGUGGUGGAUUACCCCAACAGCAGCAAGGCUAAAAAGUUCUUCCUGUGUUUGUUUGCUGGAAUAUCAGGAGUCCUUCCUAAAGGUUUGGGAUCAGAAACAUCAGACAGAGCUGUUUCAAACCAGGUUCAGUUCUCGGGACAGAGAUGCCGUUUCAAAAACAUGAAGGGGAAAUCGUUGAAGAAGGGACGAGAUUGGAUCCUGGAGAAAAAGGAGAGGAGGAGGAGACAGGGGCGGGAGGUUCGAGCCGACACAAAAUACACCGGACGUCAGAGAAGACCUCAUUUCUAGCUCUGACUCAUGCCUUGAUUAGCUCUUGUCUGUGCUCACACACACACACACACACACACACACACACACACACACACACACACACACACACACACACACACACACACACACAAUCACCUCUGGAGCUGCACAGUGUUUGGACUCAAUUAAUGGAGCUCUUUAAUUCAAGUGGAUGAGACGCAAGAGCGAAAUGCUAUUAUGGCCAAUUGUUUUUAUAUCUGGUCGAGUGUUUGGCAAUUUCUCUGACAUAUGGCGAUGAGGAUGGAACCAAAUGCAUGGACAUACAUCUGUACUGUGCACUGCUGUGAAAAAACACAGUGGAGACAGACUUGGCAACAAUGGUGUCACAGAAUUAAAUUGAAACGAUCAAAUGUUACAUCUUCUGUCUCUGAUCAGCUGUUUAUUGUAUUAUCUGCAAUAUUUUAACAAUCGAAAUUAAACAAAAAUAUAAAAUCUU